CAACGCUGAGCCCUUCUCCUAUAACGCACACAGAGGGAUGAGCGCGUGUCAUUUCACGGGGCAGAUGCCCCUGAAAAUGUGUCCAGGGAGAAGAACUCAUCCCUGACUCCAGAUAUAAUUCUGUCUGAGGUCUUGAUGCAGCUGUACACCUCGGGGGCGGCAGUAACUUGUGACCAUGUUCACAUUGUCAGCAUUUGCUGCCUUAAUUCCUCCACUGGUUGUUCUGGCCUCUAAAUCUCAGCAUUGCCAACCCCAGACCAGUCCCUCCUUUCAUGAGUCCUCUGCCCUUGCGUCGCUCCAGUGCAGUAAUGACUACUCCACACACAUCCAGUGCAGCUGGACACGGCCCCCCCACACCCGCCUGCACCUCUUCCACCUGACUGUGUUCAGGAACAGGAGCACUGAGUCCCCCUGUGUGCCUGUUCCUCCUCCAUCCCAGGAUGCCGAGGGUCACCUCAAAGCCCACUGUCGGUACAACACCAGUAUGUUUGUGAUCCAUGCACAAGACUUCUUUUUCUUCAAGGUUCCUCAUGUGAAGCUCCUCUCCAAGACUGUUGACCUUCACAAUCAAGUGAGAGGUCGUCCACACCACCUGUCUGUGAAGGUCACAGAGGAGGGGCACUCGGAGUUGAGCUGGCAGAGCCCUGGCACCCUGGAGCCGUCCUCAUCCUCCACCUACCAGGUGCACUACAGGCACGCCAACCAUGAGUGGACCGAGCUGGAGGUCCACGGGCAGGAGCUGCGUCUGGAGGCGUCUGCGCUGGUGCGCGACGGCAGGUACGAGGCCAGGGUCAGGGCCAAGAGCCAUCAGGGCGUCUGGACAGAGUGGAGCCCCCUGGUGCACUGGAGGCCUAGUGAGGCAUCUCUGCCAGGUCCCUCCAAUCUUGGCUGUGUUGUGGAUGGCGAGAAGAAGGUGCUCUGUAGCUGGGAGGCACACACAGACCUUGCUCAAUAUGUCACCUACAAUCUGUCCUACCGCAUCAACCCCACAGCACAGCCCCGUCAGUGUUGUCCCCUCCGCCCCCCCGGGCUGCUCAACAGGACGGCUCCAGUGCUGGGCUUCGGCUGCACGCUCCACGUCAGCACGCCCAGGUCCCUCCACCUCCAGCUCAAGGCCGUCCCCAUCAGGAGAGAGUUCAAGUCCCACAAGCACAUCCAGCCCCCCAGGCCCACUGGCGUCCAGGUGGAGGAGAGGGGGGACAACUGGAGACUGACCUGGACUCCGCCCCACCUGGCCACUGUUCCCAUCGCCAUGGAGAUUUACUACUGGAGCGCUGACGCACCGGAGGCCCGUAAGUCCUUCACUCUGGAGGCGGACACAGACUCCCUGUCCAUCCCCACUGCAUCACUACAGCCCUCCACGCGCUACAGCGCCCAGGUCCGCGCACAGGUGGACACCUCGAGGAGUAGCCACUACAGCGGCUAUCCCUCCCUGUGGAGCGAGCCUGUCCACUGGACCACAAGCUCAGUCCUGUGGUCAGCCUUCAUGAUCUCAUAUGUUACUAUGGCUGCCUGUGUGUUUGUAGCAGUCUUUCUCCUUUACAUCUGUCAAAGGAGGUUCAGGCAGUGGGAGGUAUCGAUCCCUACACCUGUCAACAGCAAAGUGCUGAAGGACAUCUCAAAAGGCAACCAAAAAUCCCAAGUCAAGGGGGAGAUGACCCAGCCUGACGCAGACGACCCCCACAUUCAGCAGGCCCACAUCAUGGAGCCGUGUCUGGCCCCAGACGUGCUCUCAGAGGAGCUGGACGUGUCCACUUCCUCCUCUCCCACCAGGACCUCGGCGGGCGUUGGGACAGGAAGUAUCUUGGCCGUGGAGGAGGAUGACUUGUACCAGCCGGUGCCCUGCCGCGGGGUCACCGCGGACAAAGCGCCCGCCACGUCGGCCCAAGGAUCCCUCGCAUCAAAGGUGUCUGAGUUGAGCUUCGAUGACCUCUACAUGGCCUGCCCAAGGUCAAGGGCCUCCACAGUGACGCGAGGAGAAGUCCUCUCAGAAGUGGUGGCCUGUCCAUCCCUCUCCUCCUGCCCUGACGACUCUAAUCACAACUGCAUGCCAACACCAGACAUAUCUGUGACCCUUCCAGAAGUUUCUGCCCAGCCUGACUCCCCCUUACCAGCAGCAGAGCAGCAUCCUGCUCCUUGAUCACGCCACCGUCAUGCUCUGACCUGGGAACAGCAAGCAAAAAGAGACUUACUGUAAUUCCAAAGGAACUUCAUCGAGAGAGACAAUCAAGCUGAUGUUAUCACUUCUCUUGUAAUGCCAUCUUUGUCCAGCAGAGGUAGUUGUAGCCCUUUGAAACCUUUGCUCAGCAAACUGUGUCUGUGCAGUAAUAAAGUGCCUCGUUUAGAUCCUAGACCUAGCUUGACUGAUUUUCUUGCCGUAUCAUUCAAAUGAGUUGUUUGAAUUCAUGAUUUUUUUACUGUGCUGCUUUGAACUUGUUGUGCCCAAUGCUCCCUUUAAUAGUCUCAAGCAGUGCAGUGUGAAUACACUGUGAGUCAUUCUGAAUGGAGUUAAGUGAUUCAAGCUUAUUUUGAAUAUCCUGCAAUUACAUGGUAUUCAGUGAAUUCUGCCUUAAAUAAAAACGCCUAUC